AAAAAAGCCCGCUUCAGGCUGCCAUUGCCAAGUAUCAUUGUCUAAAAGAGGCGGGAAAGAUCAGAAACCCUAAUUUAUAUUCUUAGUUCUAACUUCUAACUGUAACGCAAACUCACUGCAUUCGCUAAGUUUUGUUCAAAAAUCAAAUGGGAAUAAAGGGUUUAACGAAGCUAUUAGCUGAUAAUGCACCAAAGGCGAUGAAAGAGCAGAAAUUUGAGAGCUAUUUUGGCCGCAAAAUUGCCGUUGAUGCCAGCAUGAGCAUAUAUCAGUUCCUUAUUGUUGUUGGAAGAAGUGGCACAGAAAUGCUCACCAAUGAAUCUGGUGAAGUGACUAGUUACGUCUUCGAUGGGAAGCCUCCUGAUCUGAAGAAACAAGAACUUGCAAAACGAUAUUCUAAAAGAGCCGAUGCUACUGAAGACCUAAAUGAUGCUUUAGAGACUGGAAACAAAGAGGAUAUUGAAAAAUUCAGUAAAAGAACUGUAAAGGUCACUAAGCAACAUAAUGAAGACUGCAAAAAGCUUCUUAGGCUUAUGGGAGUACCUGUGAUAGAGGUGGCCCCUUCCGAAGCUGAAGCACAAUGUGCUGCCCUUUGUAAAUCAGGCAAGGUUUAUGCUGUCGCCUCUGAGGACAUGGAUUCCCUCACUUUUGGAGCUCCACGUUUUCUGCGUCAUUUAAUGGAUCCUAGUUCCAAAAAGAUCCCGGUGAUGGAAUUUGAAGUCUCAAAGGUGCUGGAGGAAUUGAACCUGACAAUGGAUCAAUUUAUAGACCUCUGCAUUCUCUCUGGUUGCGAUUAUUGUGAUAGCAUUCGAGGUAUUGGGGGACUGACAGCUUUGAAGCUGAUUCGCCAACAUGGUUCGAUCGAAAACAUUCUGGAGAAUAUUAGCAAAGAAAGGUACCAAAUACCAGACGACUGGCCAUACAAGGAAGCUCGAAGACUUUUCAAAGAACCAUCUGUUUUCACUGAUGAUGAACAACUUGAUCUCAAGUGGUCUCCUCCUAAUGAAGAGGGAUUGCUAACGUUUUUGGUGAAUGAAAAUGGAUUCAACAGUGACAGAAUAACUAAGGCAUGUCUACAUGCAAUUGAAAAGAUCAAAGCUGCCAAGAACAAAUCGUCCCAAGGCAGGUUAGAAUCAUUCUUUAAACCAGUUGCUAGCACAUCCGUACCCGCUAAACGAAAGGAAACAACCGAGAAAAAUAAGAAGGAAUCUGUAAAGAAGACCAAGGCUGCUCCAGUAAAGAAGAAAUAGUGAGGUCCUUAAAUCUGCGGUUGAAGUUCGUGAAAUCUUUUAAAAUUUAUCGAGGCCGACUAUUUUGUCCAAUCUGGCAGGCUAUAUAACGUGUACUAACUUGUAGGAUUUUUGAUCCUAUACAGGUUCUUCUGUCUAUUUUAUCCAGCCAUAUAUUUGAUUUGAUAUUUCGUUUAAUUUACUGCUUUGUGCUAGUUUUGUUGUUAUGGAUUUAAUUUUGUGGCUCUUUUACACUACAUUUUGAAAAUUUUUG